AUCAGAGCACGGAGUUAUUAAGACACGCAGCUCAGUAAGGGCACUGACUGAGGUAAAACAUACAGUUCCUACACCACAAAAAUAUUGUCCUUGGCCUAAGAAUAAAUUCCAACACAAUCACAAAAUUAAUCUGUAAUCCCUGCCUUUGAAACAAACAAACCCGGAAUUCCAUAGAGCACAGAAUAUGGAAGGGACACAUAAGGACCAUCCCGCGCAACUCCAGGCUCCGCACACCAACACCCGCAGUCAGACCCGACGCUGACAUCCUUGUCCCGACGCCUCUUCGGCUCCGGCAGCUCAGGGCUGUCACCGCUGCCCCGGGCACUUUGGCCCACGCCCACCGCCCCGCAGCCAACAACCCUUUCCCGAUCCCCACCCGGACCCUCUCCUUCGCUUCACGACCGCAACGGCAGCGCGAACAGAUCGCAAACCGCGUCGCAGCCGCCAAAGCACUCCGCAACCUCUGCGUUACGGACCGCCUUUCCCCACACACACAGCGACACCGCCAAACGACGCGCAGCUCACACACACACAGGGAAUGCCGCAGCGCAGCGCCAUGGCGGGGCCACAACGGCAGCCGCGGCCUCACGGCCCCGUCCGGCACAGCUCAGCACGGCACGGCACGGCAAAGAACAGAACAGAGCAGAGCGGCCCGGCCCGGCCGCCCCGCAGCGGCCCCAGCACCAGGCCGCGCCUCGAGGCACAGCGCCGUCCCGCCCGACCCCUCGCGGACCCCCGCGCGCCCCGGCCCGAACCCGCAGUGCCCGGCAACGCCAACGGCAACGCCGACGCGGACGGAGCCCAACGGACGCUCACGGCUCUCCGCCUCACCGCGCUCACCGCACGCCGCUCUCCGCCUCACCGCAGCCCGGCGCCGCCCGGAUGCAGGCCCUCAGCCGGAAGCGGCCCCGGCCCGGCCCCACGCAUGCGCGCUCCUCCCGAGCGGCGCUCGCACCGCUUCCCGCUGUGCUCGGCGCCCCCCGGGCCGGAGCGAGGCUGCGCGGCGGCCAUUGGCUGCGGGCGGCUCCUCCCCGCGCCUCGGGCAGCUCGGGGCCGUGCGGGGACGGCCGGGCGGGGACGGCGAGCCCCGGGCCCCGCGCCUCCCGUGUGCGGGCCGUGCGAUCGCCGCUAACGGCCGGCCCCGCUCGGUGCGUUGCAGCCGGGAGCGCCUGGCACCGCGCUGACCGUCCGCCCGUGGAGCCGGCAGCGGAGGACGAGCGGCGGCACGACGAGGACCGGGACGACGACGACGACGACGAGCGGAGCCUGUGGACGGCCCUCAAGAAGCUGCGGCUGGACGCGGCGCGGCGGCACGAGGACGAGGAGGAGCAGCAGCAGCAGCAGCAGGACGACGACGACGACGAGGACGAGGAGGAGCGCAGCCUGCGGACGGCCCUCCAGGAGCUGCGGGUGGACACGGCGCGAUGCAUCGCGGCUCAGCCUGCGGGCGACGGGACGGUUCUUGCAGCGCCGGGGAGAAGAGCUGCAGAUGGAGCCCAGCAACCGUCCGUCUGCCGCCGGGAAGCACGGCAUGGGUGUGAGAGGACUGCAGGAGGACCGGCCAGUCUCUCACAACACGGACGUUCCAGGUCUGCUGUCCUGUAUCCUCCCACGUUUACGCACUGCAGCACAAAACACAAAACCCGGUCACACACGCCAAAGACUCACGUCCGUUCCAGUGUUUGUGCUACAGCAGAACACGGCACAGAGGACAGACACAGUCCUCACUUUGAGGCCAGCCAUGGCAGAAGAGCCACAGCUGAACCUCUGCUGAACCACCGCUGCGGGGCCUGUGGGGAAGUCACGGGAGAACUGCCUCGCUCUGCCCUCAUCGUCUCACUCUGACUCACACAACAGCCAAACCUCACUUUUCCUUUCCUUAUCCACGCUUAACAGAUCCAUCUGUGAAACAGCCCUGUGCAGCCCUCCCGCAUCCCGUACUGUGGAGGCUCACAUGUAUGUCAGUGAUGUGACUGUGGAAGACCUGGCAGGGUACCUGGAACACCAUCUGCAUAUACCAAAGAAAAUGUCUGCCAUGGCAGAAAUGAUGUACUCAUAACCAAACAUCAAAAACAGUCACAAUUCUAAGCACUAUCAGAAAUUUAAAUGGCUCGUUUGUGCCAUAUUUGUAAUGUUCUGUGUUUAAUCAAAUGUUUUAUUACAUGGUACAGUUUAGUUUUGUAAUUAAGAGAAAAACUGUACAUAGUUGCAUAGACUCCUGUGGCUGAAAUGAUGUAUACUUAACUGAAAGCCAUAUUCAGUCACAUAGUAAUACAGUUUAUUUUUGUAACUCAAAUAAAAACUGUAUAUAGUCUCA